GCUCCUCUUUGGCCCAAAAGCUCAAGCCAACAGUGACCCCAGCUCCCAACCAUGGCCGCAGCACCUCGUACCGUGGCAGAGGGCACCAAGCGAGUGAAGAAGGGUUUGCCCGCCAUGCUCAAGGGUGGGGUCAUUAUGGAUGUGAUGAACAAGGAGCAGGCGAAAAUCGCUGAGGAGGCCGGGGCCUGCGCAGUGAUGGCGCUGGAGCGGAUCCCAGCAGACAUCCGGCAGAGCAAGGGAGUGGCGCGCAUGUCAGAUCCCAAGAUGAUCAAGGAGAUUGUGAACUCCGUGUCCAUCCCGGUGAUGGCGAAGUGCCGCAUCGGACACUUUGCCGAGUCCCAAAUUCUGGAGGCCAUCGGUGUGGACUGCAUCGAUGAGAGUGAAGUGCUCACUGUCGCAGAUGAAGGCAACCAUGUGAACAAGAACAACUUUAAGGUGCCCUUCGUGUGCGGCUGCCGCAACCUGGGCGAAGCGCUGCGGCGCAUCGCUGAGGGCGCCAGCAUGAUCCGCACGAAGGGAGAAGCAGGUACCGGUGAUGUGGUGGAGGCGGUUCGCCAUAUUCGCACCUUGCACAAAGAGAUUCGCAUGGUGCAGAUGAUGGACGAUGAUGAGCUCUUCACCUUUGCAAAGGACAUCGGGGCGCCCAUCGAUCUCCUGCAACAGGUGAAGAAGACGGGCAAGUUGCCGGUGGUGAACUUCGCCGCGGGCGGUGUGGCCACUCCUGCGGACGCGGCGCUCUGCAUGCAGCUGGGGGUGGAUGGCGUCUUCGUGGGCAGCGGCAUCUUCAAGUCCGCGGACCCGGCAAAGCGUGCGCGCGCCAUUGUGAAAGCCGUCACUCACUUCAACGAUCCUCAAGUCAUCGCGGAAGUCUCGGAGGAUUUGGGUGAAGCCAUGACAGGCAUCAACUGCGAUGGCCUCGUUACCCGCUUCGCGGAUCGCGAGGGAGGCAACAUGCCGGCGGCCAAGAAGCCGCGAAUGGAGUCCGGCGAUACCAAGGGCCUGGCAGGAACUGCCUUCUGAGGUCCCAGAUGACCUGGAGCUUUGAAGAAAUAAGGAAAAACACCACUAACUAAGAUAAAACCAUCUAAAACACGUCGCAUUUGCGAUGCAAUCUCCAGUACAUUGGGUCUAGGCUUUCCGAUCCUAAAAUGUGUCG